AUGGAUUCAAAGAAGUCUAACAAGAUUAGGGAGAUUGUUAGGCUCCAACAGAUCCUAAAGAAGUGGAAAAAGCUAGCAAAUGCUUCUAAGAACACCACCACAACCAAUUCCUCAUCAGCUAGUACCAUAGUGAUGAAUAAUGCCAAUAGUACUACUACUAGUACUAGCAGCAAUGGCAGCAGCAGAAGCAUGAAGUUCUUCAAGAGAACACUCUCCUUCACAGACGUUUCCGCGGCUCAAAAUGACAUCGUGCCAAAAGGGUUUCUUGCCAUGUGUGUUGGGAAGGAGCUGAAGAGAUUUAUCAUCCCAACUGAGUACUUAGGUCACCAAGCUUUUCGGAUUCUGCUUCAGGAAGCCGAAGAGGAAUUCGGGUUUCAGCAAGAAGGUGUGCUCAAGAUUCCAUGUGAAGUGUCAGUGUUUGAGAAGAUCUUGAAAAUGGUUGAAGAGAAAAGGGAGGUGUUUUCCUUGCACAAUGAGUUUGGAUUCACUAAUGCAGAGAAAGACAUGAUUGGUUUUUGCUCAUCUCCAUCAGAUUGUGAGCUUACACCAUCUCAUCACCCUCAAAUGUGCAGAUGA